CCUCAGCAGUACCUUGAUACAGUAGAUUCUUGUGGCUCUAUUUUCGUACACCAUGCACAGGCCAAAGCUUUGUUUGGUCGCGUUGCCGUCUGUUUUUCCGUUUGUAAUCGAUGAUCUGAGUUUUUAAUGAGAUGUAGGAUAUGCACGAGGCAUGUUGGACUUGACAGCAUCAGUCACCGGCGUCGAGUGUGCUGAUACAUCAAGGAUACCAGCACCUUUACCCUGACAAUACUGCAAAAACUCAGGAGGCCAAUUAACACCUGAACAACGCAGCGCGAGCCCAUUCCUCCCUCGCGAGCGACGCGGCGCGGCGGUGUUGAUGUGCGCGUGGCGGAGAAUGGGAAAGCGCGGGAAGCGCGCGCUUGAAGUUCUCCUCAGGGUAAUUGUGGCGAGACCUCGGGCGAAAUAUGGCUGAGGCUAUGCAGUUUUUCUCUUUUCUCCCGGUAUUUACAUUUCUGUCUUGAGCGUUUCUCCCAUUUUGAUCAGAUUUAAGUCACAUGAUUUAAAUAUUAAACGAACAUCAGUGGGGUACUGAGGAAAAUAUUUAUGUAAAGGUUCAUGCAAAUGUCCUCAUCACAGCACUUUGCAGCGACGACAGAAACCUGAGAAAUCGAAGUGACGGACCAGGACAGCCCCCCAGUUUAAAAUGAUGGACUACUCCUACGAUGAAGAUUUGGAUGAAAUGUGUCCAGUGUGUGGGGACAAGGUGUCUGGAUAUCACUACGGUUUACUGACCUGUGAGAGCUGUAAGGGCUUCUUCAAGAGAACGGUGCAGAACAACAAACGUUACACAUGUAUAGAGAAUCAGAGCUGUCAGAUAGACAAGACCCAGCGGAAACGCUGCCCAUACUGCCGGUUUCAAAAGUGCCUCACUGUCGGCAUGAAACUGGAGGCUGUGAGGGCUGACCGAAUGAGGGGCGGACGCAACAAGUUCGGCCCCAUGUACAAACGAGACCGGGCCCUCAAGCAGCAGAAGAAAGCCUUGAUCCGGGCCAACGGACUCAAGCUGGAGGCCAUGACGCAAGUCAUGCAAACAGUCCCAGCCGACCUCACCAUUACCUCUGCCAUUCAGAACAUCCAUUCGGCCUCCAAGGGGCUUCCACUGAGCCACCACCAUCACCACCACCAUCACCACCACCACAGUUCCUCCAGCGCAGGGCUGCCACCCGCAGACUUUGACCGUAGCCCCUUUGUCACAUCGCCGGUCAGCAUGGCCAUGCCGCCUCACGCCGGAGGCCUGCAGGGCUACCAAGCCUACGGUCACUUCCAAAGCCGCACCAUCAAGUCAGAGUACCCCGACCCCUACACAAGCUCGCCGGAGUCCCUCAUGGGCUACCCGUACGUCGAGGCCUACGCGGGAGGAUCGCCGCCGACCUUCCCCCACCUGGUGGUGGAGCUACUCAAAUGCGAGCCGGACGAACCUCAGGUGCAAGCUAAGAUCCUAGCGUACCUCCAGCAAGAGCAAGCCAGCCGAGGCAAACACGAGAAACUCAACACCUUUGGCCUCAUGUGCAAAAUGGCCGACCAGACACUGUUCUCAAUCGUUGAAUGGGCCAGGAGCAGCAUCUUCUUCCGAGAACUGAAGGUUGACGACCAAAUGAAGCUCCUCCAAAACUGCUGGAGCGAACUCCUCAUCCUGGACCACAUUUUUCGGCAGGUUAUGCAUGCCAAAGAAGGCUCCAUCCUCCUCGUCACGGGGCAACAGGUGGAUUAUGGCCUAAUUGCCUCCCAAGCCGGGGCAACACUCAACAACCUCCUGAGUCACGCGCAGGAGCUGGUGAGCAAACUGCGUUCCCUCCAGCUGGACCAGAGGGAAUUCGUCUGCCUCAAGUUCCUGGUGCUGUUCAGCUUGGAUGUGAAGAACCUAGAGAACUUCCACCUGGUAGAAAGUGUCCAGGAACAGGUCAACGCCGCGCUGCUAGACUACGUCAUGUGCAACUACCCUCAACAGACGGACAAAUUCGGCCAGCUUCUGCUGCGGUUGCCGGAGAUCCGAGCCAUCAGCCUCCAGGCGGAGGAGUAUCUGUAUUACAAGCACCUGAACGGUGACGUGCCCUGUAACAAUCUACUUAUAGAGAUGUUGCACGCCAAACGUGCCUGAGGACCGGCCGCUACCCUUCCAUCCCGACUCAUCGCACGCACUGCUCACGGCAUCACCUCAGUCCAGCGUCAUCACCAGACAUUGCCUUUGAACAAUGAAACAUGCAUAUGUGAGAUUCGCACUGAGAUGGAGUCUACAGUGCACCGAACGGUUCGGAGGUGAUGGUAUAAGUGAGGUGUUAUAAUGACCUCCAGGCCGCGGAUUUAUCAUAGUGUUGUCGAAUUCAUGACCGUCAGUCGUUAUUUGUUCUGUGUGCAGCUGACCUUGCGAUUGUAAGGUCCAAUUUGAACUUAAGCUGGAGGGUUUAAGAUUACUGGCUCUCUUUCAAGACUUAGACUGGUUUGCCAGCAUCGAGCAUCUGCAUGCUCAUGUGGCCUCCUCCUCCUGUCUGUUUAAAGACACACAUGCUGGGCUGGAGCCGGCCAUCUGAAAGCAGAAGUAAAACGGACAGCCAUUGCAUCCGCGCCACCCAAAGACUUUAUUCUAACCCCUCACCAAAAAUUUAACAUUUCUCUUUUUAAAGCUGGCAGUCAUUUCUUCUUUGACACUCUGAUGUGGCGUUCACACCAGCCGCAGUAGAGGCGGCAAAUAGUAGUUGGACGCUUAAACAUUUUGAGUUUACUCGCUUCAUUCGUGCAUGAAAUUCGCGUCAUGGGAGGGGCUUCUGCGACUCCGCUCGCUCCCUGUAAUCACGUCACUACUAGAGCAAGCUCCUGAUUGGUUACCGCGACGCGAAUAUCCGCCAAAGUUAAGAUAUUUCAACUCGUGUUUCCUGUGGCAACGCACAAUUUGCGCGAAACGCGCCAUCCGCACGUUACACGUCAUUCACAUCGCGCCAUUCCACGUCUGGUGUUAAUGCCACAUGAGGCUGCUGAUGAUCAAUAUUUCCCCUUUUAAAAUAGAAAUAAAUAAAUAAAAGGGUGAAUCUCACAAACUUGUCAAGAUCCUGUCCAAUCAGUAGAAAGCUUUUGGAAAAUGAAGCCUAUUUUUCGUUACGGCAUUUCGUUUUUAUGACAAUUAAGCACAUCCACACCUGCGAACUUAAUGUAGUGUUGUUUCUAUAAUGCAAUAGAAAAACAGUAUUUUAUUGUAAGUGUGAAUCUUUAACCUCAUGGUAGUAUUUGUUGUUGUUUUCGCUUUAAUUUAUGCAGAUUUUUUAUAAAAACAAAUCGUAGUAUUACACUAUUAAAAGUAAAAGCUGCUCUACUUAAAAAUAAAAACGUCAUUCAAUUGGUAACACCUAAAAAAACAUUUUAUGAAUAAAUUUAAGGUGAAUUAAAAAAUAAAAUACUUAAAUUGGUACACAUAAAAUAUAUAUUUUUUUACUUAAAGGCGGGGUGCAUGAUUUUUGAAAUACACUUUGGAAUAGGGAGUCAGGCCAACUACCAAAACACACUUGUAGCCAAUCAGCAGUAAGGGGCGUGUCUACUAACCAACAUCUUUGCCUGGGUUGCGUAUGGGUGGGUCUGGAUUCUAUUGGGGUAGGGGCGUGUUUCUUUAGGUGAUUUCAAAUGUCAACAUUGGCUUUCAGAGAUCAUGCACCCCGCCUUUAAAGUGAGAACAAUUUAAGGUGAACAAAAAGAAACGUACUUCAAUUGGUAACACCUAAAAAACAUUUUAUGAAUAAAUUUAAGGUGAUAAAAAUUUUUUUACAAAUGACUGAAAUUGGUACACAUAAAAUAUAUAUUUUUUACUAAAGGUGGGGUGCAUGAUUUUUGAAAAAAACUUUGUAAAAGGAAGACAGGCCAACUACCAAAACACACUUGUAGCCAAUCAACACUAAGGGGCGUGUCUACUAACCAACAUUGUUGCCUGGGUUGCGUAUUGGUGGGUCUGUUUAGGUGAUUUCAAAUGUCAACAUUGGCUUUCAGAGAUCAUGCACCCCGCCUUUAAAGUGAUAAAAUUUAAGGUGAAAAAAACGUACUUCAAUUGGUAAAACCUAAAAAAAACAUUUUAUGAAUAAAUUUAAGGUAAUUUCUUUUUUUUAAAUGACUAAAAUUGGUACACAUAAAAUAUAUAUUUUUUUUUACUAAAGGCGGGGUGCGUGAUUUUUGAAAAACACUUUGAAAAAGGGAGUCGGGGCCGAGUACCAAAACACGCUUGUAGCCAAUCAGCAGUAAGGGGUGUGUCUACUAACCAACAUUGUUGCCUGGCUUGUGUAUGGGUUGGUCUAGAUUCUAUUGGGUUAGGGAUGUGUUUGUUUAGGUGAUUUCAAAUGUCAGCAUUGGCUUUCAGAGAUCAUGCACCCCACCUUUAAAGUGAAAAAAUUUAAUAAGGUGAAUUUUUUUUACAUUAAAAUUUAAGUUGAAAAAGUCACAUUUUUAAUCGUUACCAAUUGAAGUAUUUUUUUAAAGUUGGUCCAACUUUUUACAGUGUAUAAAAAGUACUUAAUUGUCAUAACAGUAAUGUCACAAUCCUAAAAUAAUGUUAAUAGUUUAAAAAAUAGGCUACAUUUGAUUUAUGGCAAGUAUAGAUUCACCUGAAAGUAUGUCUCAACGUUUCGAUCUAGGAUAUAUGUUAUUUAAAGGUGUAGAAAUAUGAUAUCAUUUUUGCAAAUUAUGUCCUUUUACAAGGAUAAAACAGCAUCAAAUGUGAACUGGAACAAAGCACAAUGUCAG